CUGAGUCAGAGGGUGGCACAGUAUCUGAAGAUUGCUUAACUUUCAGUUUAAACAAAAACAAAAAUAAAUAAAGCAAAAUUAUUAGUGAAAAAAGAGAGAAAAGAAUAAGAAAACCGAGAAGAGAAUCUAAAGGAUUCUUUUCUUAUUCCAAGCUCUUGACAGUUACUGCUCUAUGCACGAUUCCCUCUCAAAUUCAAGCUCUAGAUAAACAACGUAUAUCGACCAUCAAAUUUGCUUCAUCCGCACAUCCCAUGUGAUAUUUUUCAAAUAUUUUUAUUCAUUCAAAGACCCUUCAACAUUCAAAGCUUUUAGCUUUGAGAAAACCAAGGCUCAAGUUUUUUGCAGGUUCCAUGGUUUUGGAGCCAGAACGAGGGAGGAUUUGGGGUAUUUCUGAGAUGGGAUUAUAGUGAAUUUUGUGGAGAUCUGGAAGGUGAGUAGUUAGCAGCAAUAUGGAGCCUCCAAAGGGAUUUUUGGCUACUUUGUGGAACUUUAUAUGCUUUCUACCUUACUUCAUUGGCUUGCUGUUUUUAGGCACAAUCAAAGGAAUCAUUUUCUGCGCACCAAUAUGUCUUAUCAUGACAGUUGGAAACUCAUCUAUCAUAUUGGGCCUUCUGCUGUUUCAUUUUUACUGGACUUGUUAUAGCGUUGUGAGAGCUAAACUAUUAGGGCCAGUUUUGAAGCUCCUUAUCUGCGUAUGCCUACCAGUUUUAUUGAUAUUAUGGGUCGUGGUUGCCAUUGUUGGAAGUAUUAUAGGGGGGAUAUUAUACGGCUUUCUUUCACCAAUAUUUGCCACUUUUGAUGCUGUAGGAGAAGGAAAGACUAAUGUGUUUUUCCACUGUUUUUAUGAUGGUACUUGGAGCACUAUCAAGGGAAGCUUCACUUUUGUCAGGGAUUUCAAUGAUGUUUGUUUCCAUUCCUUCACCUCAUAUAUGGAAGAGUUGCAACAGAAAGAGCCUCCAAAUGGAAAAUACUAUGAGAUCAGAUUUCUUUAUCUUCCUCUAGCUCUUAUAGCUGCAGUGCUUGGUUUUAUGGUUGAUUUGCCAGUGAUUUCACUUAUUGCCCUAUGGAAAAGUCCUUACAUGCUCUUUAAGGGGUGGAAUAGAUUAUUUCAUGACCUUAUAGGUCGAGAAGGCCCUUUCUUGGAGACAAUAUGCGUACCAUUUGCAGGCCUUGCAAUCUUACUCUGGCCACUGGCUGUUGUUGGGGCAGUGUUGGGCUCGAUGGUCUCUAGUAUCUUCCUUGGUGCCUAUGCAGGGGUGGUUGUUUAUCAGGGGUCCUCAUUUUGGUUUGGGCUUUGUUACAUUGUCGCUUCCGUGUCCAUCUAUGAUGAAUACAGCAACGAUGUCCUUGACAUGCCAGAAGGAUCUUGCUUUCCCAGGCCUCAGUAUCGUAGAAACAAAAAGGAAUCCACCCGUAGUGCAAGCUCGUUCACAAAUUCUGACUCCUUCAAACCUCAUCCUCCUGCUCGUGCUAACUCACUUACAAAUACAAGGAUUGAUUUGAAGCCACUUGAGCUACUUGAGGGCUUAUUUAAGGAGUGCAGCCGCCAUGGGGAAAAAAUGGUUUCUGAAGGGCUUAUAACUCCUAAAGACAUUGAAGAUGCCAAGUCUAGCAAGGGAAGUAGUGUCGUCAGCAUAGGCUUACCAGCUUAUUGCCUUCUUCAGGCACUCUUGCGCUCUGUGAAUGCCAAUAAAUCUGGCAUAUUGUUGAGUGAUAAUACUGAAAUAACAGCCACAAACAGACCAAAAGACACCUUCUUUGAUUGGUUUCUUAACCCCUUUUUGAUACUAAAGGAGCAAAUCAAAGCAGAGAAUCUUUCCCUGGAAGAAGAGGAUUACUUAGGCAAAUUAGUUUUGCUGUCUGGUGAUCCUGAAAGGUUGAAGAUUUCAAAUAUUGGCUCUCCACCUGAAUCUGAGCGUAAGCGAGCUGAACUUGAUGCAUUAGCCCGAAGGUUACGAGGCAUCACCAAAUCUGUGUCAAGGUAUCCGACUUACUGGCGACAUUUUGCAAAUCUUGUCAGCACACUAUCUGAGGAUCUGGCCAAAAAGAAUCAUGACAGCAGCAGAUUGAGCAACGGGGCUCAACCAAUUCGGAGAACAAAGAGUGCCCUUGCCCGGAUAUUUAGCAAUAAAUCUUUCAAGCAGAAUGCAAGUUACAACAUGUCUAUCCAAGAAUCAGGAUCAGUUAUUGCUAGGGAUAUAGAAAUUGUAUGAUGUAGGAUGUCAAUAUUUUGUCCAUAAUUAUUUUUGCAUAUUGGUCCGAAUGCAAUGGCCUGCAGUUUUAAAGUUUUGGGUUUAUGUUCAUUUCAAAUCCUUAAUGCUUUGGAAUGUUUUGGCAUACAAGCACAAGUAACCAUCCACGGCUACUAGCCUAGUUUCUCAAUCACGAAACUAGAAAGCAGUAGGUAAGAAACCAAGGUGGUUCAGAAAAACAAACAUAGUUGGACCAAUUACAUGGACUUGGUUGCUUCACUGCAAAUUCCUGAUAGUUCCAAGUGUUGAAUACUGCAUUAUUAACUUGAAUUUUUGGUAUAGAA